UUCUACCAGCUGAGCUCCCCAUCCUUUCCAGCAGUGCAAACUCAACAGCACCAUGAGUCUGAGGAGCAAGCGGAAGAGCCUGCUGAACUCACCUUCAGGGCGAUUCAGCAGUAGUUCCAUGGCAUCCAACUCCAUCCGCCAAAUCAGCACCGCUACCGAUAUCAAACCAGUAACAAUCGACAGGAGCCUGCUUGCCCCACUAAACUUAGAAGUUGAUCCCACCGUCCAAACUAUACGCACCAUGGAGAAAAAUCAGCUGAAGACUCUUAACAACAAGUUUGCAUCCUACAUCGAAAAGGUCAGACAGCUGGAGCAGCAGAACAAAGUGCUGGAAACCAAGUGGAAGCUCCUGAAUCAGCAAAGCGCCCCCUCCUCUGAUGAUGCAGAGUCCAUUAUUAAGACGUUCAUUUCCAACCUGGAAAAACAGCUGGAGCUUUGCAGACACGAUAAAGUGAAGCUUGAAAAUGAGUGCACAGCCAUGCUCGAGACUGUGGAAGACUACAAGACUAAGUACGAGGAAGAGAUCAACUGCAGGGCCACUUCAGAGAAUGAUUUUGUACUGCUCAAAAAGGAUGUGGAUGAAGAAAUUAUGAGAAAGGUGGAUUUGGAAAGCCAGUUGACAGCUAUUCAGGAUGAAAUCUUGUUCCUCAAAGAAGUGCAUCAGAUGGAGCUGUAUGACAUGCAGCAGCGUGUGAAGGACACCUCUGUGGUGGUGCAGAUGGACAACUCCCGCAACCUGAACAUGGACCACAUUAUAGCUGAUGUUAAGGCUCAGUAUGAAGAAAUUGCUGCUUACAGCCGUGAAGAAGUUGAAAAGUGGUACAAGAGCAAGUUUGAUCAGAUGAAAGUGCAGGUCCAGCAACAUAACAGCGAGCUGCAAAACACUAAGACCGAAAUAGCUGAGCUUAAGCGAAUGAUUCUUCGUCGGCAGACUGAGAUUGAUGUUAUGAAGGAACAGUAUUCCCACAAUGAGGUAAGCAUAUCUGAUAUGGAAGAGCGAGGGGAAGCGGCUGUAAUAGAUGCAAAAAGCCGCAUUAAGGACCUUGAGGCGGCUCUGAGGCAGGACAAGCAUAACAUGGCCAAGCAGCUCAGAGACUACCAAGACCUCAUGAAUGUCAAGCUGACCCUGGAUAUCGAGAUCUCCACCUACAGGAAACUCCUGGAGGGAGAGGAAGAAAGACUUGGUAAAGACUCUGUUAUCAGCAUCCAAACAGUGCCCAACAAAACAGCUGUUGCCAGUAACGACUGUGUUGAUGGCACUGAAAGAGUGUUCAGUGUCCAAACAGUGCCCAACCGAACUGUGCCCGUUACCAUGCAGAGACAAAGGUCAGGUCCUGUUCUCAUCAAGACAGUGGAGACCAUGGACACGACAUACACCGAAGGCAAAUAAAACGCAGCAGUGCUCUGAACUGACCGAUUGCUACUUAAAACUACCCUUAAAUUAAUCUGUUUUCAAACUGCUGUAACCUCACUGUAUCAAAAGGCCAUGUGUAUCUGUGUCUCUGUUUUUCGUUUCCUUGUGAUUCUGUCACAUUAAAUUACAAAUUGUACUCAGCAACUGUAAGACGUUUGUUAGUUUGCUCUAUAGAUGUUCCUAAUAACUAUU